CAAAUGUCAUUGGUUUUCAAAGCUGUGUGGGCGGAGAUUCUGAAACAUACAACAUCAUGGCUGCCGUCACUGUGAGGAGCAUCGGCGCUAACCUUGCGAGAAACCUCCGAGAGGUUCGCCUACAUUUGUGCCAGACAUCAGCCGCAAGUCAAGGAGCCAGGGAUUUCGUGGAGCACCACUAUGUUACGUUGAAGAAGGCUAACCCAGACUUCCCAAUUUUGAUCAGGGAAUGCUCCGGGGUGCAACCGAAACUCUGGGCCAGAUACGAUUUUGGCAAGGAGCAAAGUGUGGCUCUGAACAACUUCAAUGCUGACCAAGUGGCCAAGGCCCUGGAGACUCUCGCCAACACCAAACCAUGAGGACACGCAACCAGCGGCUUACUACAGCUUCGUUUUAUGAAGACGUAGAGAUGGAAGGGGUCUAAAAAUACCAGGAUCUGGAGUGUAAUUCUAAAGUGUAUUCUGUAAUUAUUAUUCUCUUGCUAUAAUAUACCAUAAUAAAACUGUGAGAGCAGUCGUACACAA